AUGGAUACAGGUAAAGAGGUCAUUGGAAAGGUCCCAAACCCGAACGCUGGCAUCGAGCACUACACGACAGCGAGUGAGGUUGCUACCAUGGACUUUAUGCGAAAUGUUCUACAGACUCCGGCACCGCAGGUGUAUGCCUGGAAUUCCCGAGUUGAUAGAAACAAUCCGGUUGGCGCGGAGUAUAUCGUCAUGGAAAGAAUGCCGGGCAUUCCUCUCGCACGCAUCUGGGACUCGCUUCAGCUGCAAGAUUGGAUGAAAAUAUGCCUGCAGGUGUUCAAAUACCAAAAGAAGUGGACUGCGGCCAAAUUUUCUCAGUUUGGAAGCAUCUACUAUUCCAAGGACAUCGAGUCAACAACGCCGGGGAGUCGACUCUACUUUGAUGAAGCAGGGCACCCUGUUGACAGUUCCAGGUUCAUUGUAGGCCCUGCCGUUGGCCGAGAAUGGGUUGACAAUGGCAGACAGAAUCUACCGUGUGAUCGUGGCCCCUGGCUCUCCAUCCUUGAUCUUCGGUCAGCAAUCGGGCUUCGAGAAGCUGCUGCUGUCAAAACCUUCCAGCAGACGCCUAAACAACUUGUGAUGCUCUAUGGACCCGGAGUUUAUCAACCCACUGCCGCGAAGAAACUUGCAGCGCUUCAGUCGUACUUUCAAAUUGCAAGCGUUCUGCUGCCCAAAGAGCCGGGCCUUACAACAGGCCACCUCUGGCAUAAUGACCUCCAUUUGGAAAACAUAUACAUCAACCCAGCCAACCCCAGAGAAAUUCUCGGCAUUAUCGAUUGGCAAUCCGUGCAAGUAAUGCCUCUUGUUGACCAUUGUCUGGACCCGGACUUCCUAGGCUAUGAGGGGCCAGAUGUGGGAGAAGAUCUUGAACCUCCCAUAAUACCCAAAGAGGUCGACAGCCUUGAUCCGCCAGAUCGCGCCAUUGCUAUAAAACAAUUUUACACCAAGUGCCUCAUGGUUGCAUGGCGGAUGGUGGUUAAGGCCAAGAACCCUGCCCAAUAUAGCGCCAUUCAAUUCCGGAGAUCCAAAGCCGGUCAUCUUGGACAUCUUGUGCAAAAUAUUGCUGUGCUUGGAGAAGCACAUGCCCGAGCGUUACUGCUCGACCUGAGGGAUGAAUGGUCGGAAACGUCUUCGGGUCCAAAAUUUCCCAUUGAAUUCUCAGAAGACGAGGUCGCCGAGAUUGAAAACGAUGUGCAGGCUGCUGAUUUGAGUAUUGAAGUUAUGGGCACAAUCAAGGGGCGGCUGGGGGACUUGUGGCCUGAGAAGGGCCUCAGUGAGCAUGAGAAUUACGAAGUUGUGAUGAGUGAAUUGCGGGAGAUCAAAUCCGAGCUCAUGGACGCAUUGGUGAAAGACGAAAAAGACAGAGAGAUAUUCUUGACAUAUUGGCCUUUUGAUUGCUGA